AUGUUUCCAACGAGCACGCAAAAAACGAAUUGGAUAUUCAAAGACGAGUUGGAUUUGAAUGCAUUGCGAGAGGAUGCCAACCAGAAGUUCGUUACCAGAUUCGGGUCGCACAUGAGUCCCGAUUACCGAAACACAUUUUUUUUAGAUGCCAACGAAGAGCAUAUAAUACAGAAAUGUCACGAGUAUAUAUUAAGAGAUUUCUGUCACAAGUUUCAGCCAACCAUGCCGAAGUACGUAUUUGCAACUGCUUUAAACUAUCUGAAACGAUUUUACCUGUACAAUUCUGUCAUGGACUACCAUCCCAAAGAAAUAAUGGUCACAUGUCUAUUUUUGGCGUGCAAAGUUGAUGAGUUCAAUGUGUCGCUCGCACAAUUUGUCGCCAACAUUAAGGGAAACCAAUCAAGAGCAACCACAGUGAUACUGAAUAAUGAGUUGUUUCUAAUGGAACAGAUCAAGUACAACCUCAAAGUGCACCAUCCAUUCAAGGCAAUCGAAGGAUUCCUUCUAGACAUAAAGACUAGAACACGAAUGUCCGAUCCAGACCGUAUGCGUACUCACAUUGAUAGUUUCAUUGACAAAUUAUUGUUUACAGACGCAUGUUUAUUAUUUGCACCGUCUCAGCUGGCACUAGCUGCUGUAUUACAUUCAGCUAGUCAAAUUAAAGAAAAUUUAGAUUCAUAUGUAACUGACUUACUGUUAGGUGAUACGGGGUCUGAGCAUUUAAAAGAUUUGAUAGAAAUUGUACGGAGAAUAAGAUUAUUGUACAACAAAACUUCAGAUGAUCAUACAAAAGAACUGUCACGUAUUAGCAAAAAAUUAGAUAAAUGUCGGAACCAAGAGAACAAUCCAUUCAGUGAAAAGUAUAAAGAUAGAAUACAAGAAUCAUUAAAUAAUUCUUUAUAG